CUGAUUGGCCAGUGAAAUCUAAUCAUCACUCUUAAAAGUGAAGAAAGAGUCGCCAUUCUUUUAUUCAGUACGGCUGUUUGGAACAAUGGCAUCUGCACACAUUGUCUUCUAUCUGAUAUGUUUGUUCUUGGGUGUAAUUGCUCAGAAGAACAACAUGCAUUUAUCCUCCUCUGCUCAUGAAGAAGCACGUUUUAUAUCAGCUAAAUCUGGAGACAGUGUGACUUUACAUUGUUACUUUGAACAGAAUGUUGCUGCAUGGUUUUACUGGUAUAAACAAACUUUAGGAGAGACACCAAAACUUAUUUCUACCUUCUUUGAGUCAAAAACCAAUGUUGUACAAAUUCAUGAUCCAUUCAAAAAUAGUGCACGCUUCACACUAGAUAAUGAAAAAGGAAAUAAUCAUUUGAUUAUCUCAGACUUAAGUGUUUCAGACUCAGCAACUUACUACUGUAUAUGUUCCUAUGUGUACGCGUCAACAUUCUUAGAGACCAUUAUUGUCAGUGUCAAUGAUUCUGAUUUAAAGAUAAGAGCUUUAGUUCAUCAGUCAGCAUCUGAGACCAUCCAGCCAGGAGGCUCUGUAAGUCUGCACUGUAUGGUGCACACUAUGCUGAGCUGUGAUGGAGAACACAGUGUUUACUGGUUCAAAGACUCUCAAGACUCUCAACCAGCUCUCAUUUACACCCAUGGAGUCAGGAAUGAUCAGUGUGAGAGGAAAGCCAAUAAAAGAACACACACCUGUGUCUAUAACUUGAGAAUGGAGAGCCUGAAUGUGUCUCACGCUGGGAUCUACUACUGUGCUGUCGCCUCAUGUGGACACAUACUGUUUGGAAACGGGACCAAGCUGGACUUUGGGGGAUUUACAGUUCGGCAAGAUUCUCCUGCCCUGAUGUAUUUCUUAAGCGCAGCUUUAACACUCACCACCAUCAUCAGUGUGUUAUCAACUUUUUUAGUGUAUAAGAUGAAAAAGAGGAACAACUGCCAAUCCAGAGCAGACUCAAACGCAAAUGAUUCUGUAAAUUUAGAGAGCACCCAAGAGGACAACCUUCAUUAUGCUGCUUUGAGAAAAAUUAGGACGAAAGGAGCAAGAAGACAGACGAGCAACACCCAGGAUGAAUGUGUGUACUCCGGUAUAAAGUAAACAUAGUGGAAAUUAUGAUUUUUAGUAUUACCUUUCUGCUGUAGUGAUGAUUUUGGCAACAAUUUUUAAAUAUUUAAAAUAUAUUUAAAAUAAAUAUAAAUAUUUUUCCUCUUCUCUUUGGUCCAAAAGAAAAAUGAUUUAACUGCUAACAGCAUUUGAUCACUUUCAUCAUUUUGAAAUUCCUGUAAAUGUAAUUCCAGUAGAUAAUUUGUUUUGGAUUUUGGGUUUGACGUAUUUUUUAAGUUCUGUCAUUUUUAGUUGUCUGUUUGCAUUUGUUGUUGUGUUAAGGUUUUUCUAUCAUUUGAAGUUUUGAUUCUUAAUUUUGCUGGAUUCAGUACUCGAUACUUGUUUUGAUUCCAUAUUUUAUUGUUGUGUGCUUGUGAUGUGAUUAGUUUUUUAUGGCGGUAUUUACUUUUCAAAUUAUGAGGCUUACUUCAAUAAUAUUUAAUAUUACAGUGAGUAGUAGUCUCCUAAGCGUUCCCGUUUAUAAUGACUUUCUCCUGCAUGUUAUUUCUAACCAGUUUAACAUUCCCAUUUAGU